AAGGGAGUGGAUGAACGCCCCAUGGAUCCGGGGCUAAAACUCGGCACCACUUGAAUGCGAAAGAAAAAGUACAAAUGAGCAGCUUGCGGGAUGGGCAAACCUUGGCUCUCGAUCCUGUUUCCUGCGACAAUGACGACAAUGACCAUGAUGGCGUACUUCACCGUAACAACGGCUACUCCAACCUCGGUGUCGUCUAUCUCCACGACAGCCAACAACGAUGUUCUCAACACGAAAAAGCUGAACAUCGAGGAAGCUUUAGAUGUAAUAGAAGCGGCAUCAACUGGAUCACUGGGCGAAUAUUGCGCCACGACUGCUGGAUUUAAGUCUUUGCCAGCUGCCGCUGCCCUCGAUCCACGGCGUUACGACACCGCGCGUCAGAAAGCCGACAUGACAGCUUUGAUGCUCCAAAACUCUGGCACCAUGGGGAUAUCAAGGCAUAAUGUGCUUUUAGAUGCUAUUGCAAAAUCUCUGCUAGUAUCGGUGAAAGACGCUGUAGAGACGAGGGUGAUAGCGCUAAACGCAUCCACGGGGACGGUCAUCAACGCGGUCUGGCUGGAACGAAGCCCAGGUAGCGUCGGUGAACCUUCAAAGGUCGGGAACCAUGCACUUCAGCCGGGAUCAACACCGGAUCCAAAUUUACCGUGGUACGAGAAUGCGGGUGCCACCACAGAAUUAAGGUUCGAUCAAUUUAUUAUAUCAUUCUCGAAAUCCGAUACACCACCAUACCUUUAAAGCAUAUU